GAAAGAAAGAAAGAAAGAAAGAAAGAAUUAGAAAGGAGCAUGCUGGGGAAAAGAGCUUCAAUGGAAGGAGACAAGAGGGGGUAAUGGGAGGAACAUUAUCAAAGUAAUGCAUAUACAUAUAUACAUGCAUAUAUAUUGCAAAAUAAUAAAUUUUUAGAAGAAAAACUUGUGCUUCAUAAAUUUCGGAGACUAAAUAAAAGUCAAUCCCUUUGUUGAUUCAAAAAACGUAAAGAGAUCCACUCGGCGGAGCUGCGUGCUCUGAGUCCGUGACUUUUCUCUCAGUGUUUCCCGAGGGGGCCAAACGGCGGUCGCCCUGCAUUUAUUCGUCCUCCUGAAGAUGCAUCCUGACUUAUCGCCACAUUUGCACACCGAGGAAUGCAACAUCUUGAUUAACUUGCUUAAGGAAUGUCACAAAAAUCACAACAUUCUGAAAUUUUUUGGUCAUUGCAACGAUCUUGAUCGGGAAAUGAGAAAGUGCUUGAAAAAUGAGUAUUCAGAGAAGAGGACCAGGAGCCGGGAGCAUGGUGCUGCCAUGCGAGCAAGGCUUUUCAGCCCUUCAGAGGAAGCUGGAAAAUAGGUUCGCUGGAUGCCUUGACUGCGAGACCUGAACGUGGCUGGGAGCUGGGGAAAAUAAAUCCCUUCUUUUGGUCUCUAUGGCCCUUUGAAUGAAAGGUGACCCAUGAAGAACUGACCCAUGGAGAAACAUGAGAAUAUGGAUUCUUAGUACUUGUUGAGCAAAAGCCAAAAAGCAAAAGUCCAUGGGCUGUGCCUGCCAAACAGUUUCCUCUACUGCUGCUCUGAGUCUCCGUCCACCUAGUGCCAACUCCCCUCCCACAAUAAAGUAAUCGGACAGCAUC